CGAUAGGUUGUUGCAUAAAUCAUUUAUGCUAUUUGACACUUCAUCAUUCAAAACCAUACACUGUUGUCUAAAACCAAAAGCGAACAGCUACGAGUUAUCUUGUACGAGGUAUUUCGGCACACAUUCUCAUUCUCAACCAACAAUAAGCAUAGGAACGAAAAGUAACGUCGUCUCAACACCAUCACAAUGGCAAGACUACCUGUUGGAAGAAACGGCGAUUCUCGAACGAGACUUCUCAAUAGUCUCGGACUUUUUCAAGAACAGCGAGACGAAAGGAAAUGCAUGCUUGGAAAAUCUAGUGCAUCGAUAAGAUACGACCGAGACUCAUCUCCUUCAAACAAUCAUUUUGAAAACAUUGUUGGUGGUAGUGAUGGUGAAAGUGGCGAAAAGAAAAAGUUUCGUCACGUCAGAAGUUGGUCUGACAUCCCCGUGCGAUCGGCACUGCAUAAUUCUGUGGCCUUUGAGACUAGAUUGAAUGACGAGAAUAUAAUGAGGAACCACAAAGAUGAUAGAGGUAAUUCACAAAGGCGCUCAUCGUUGUCGCGCAAGAACAAAGAGGACAAUAGCCCGCAUUCUGUUCGAUUCAACACGGUUGUUUCGGGAGUCAAGAUCCCAUCUCGAAACCAAUAUUCGAGACGGAUAAAACAAACGCUGUGGAGAGAUCGUUAUGAACUAUCGGAAAUGGUGGAGCGGAACACUACAGAAUUCCACGCGGAAAAUUAUGACUGGAAGCAGGUAGUUCUUGACGAAGAGAUGUACGUGGAUGCCACCAGCGGAGAACGGAUUCAUCCUUGUCAUGUAGAAUUGAAUUCAUUUGAUGAGAGUGAUGACGAUGAUUACAAUGAUUCUUUGGUAGAUGAAUCGGGUUUUGCUCCUUUGUCACGAUUAGAUUCUAUUGCCAGCUCAAAAUAAUGAGCGAACAUCGCUGGACAGCGCAAACAUGCAUGAAUUUAUUGAUUAUUCGAUUCGGCAUACAUAAUUGAGUCAAACAACUGAAUCUCCAUAUUUUGUUGACUAGAUAAGGUCCUGUUUGUGCCCAUCAUUUCUUGGACAUGGUAUAGUUCAUUGCAAUAUAAAAUACCAAUGUUUUCAUGAUAAUUGCUUUUCAUGAUUUCGUUUCAGAUCGACAGAUCACGGCGGGUAUAGGUAUUAUCGACACAAGAAUAGAAAGCGCUAAAAGCGAUCGCAAAUCAACUUCAAGCUCUUUCGUGAAAUUUUAAUACAAUGCAGCUGUGUCUUUAGUUUCAUGCUAAAAAUAUACUACUUAUACAACUGAAGACAACUGAUUCAUUGAAGCAGAUUAAACACAUGUUCAACUCCAGCCGUUGCCUCUAAGAAGGAGAUUUAAACAUUCAGAAGCAAAUACGGGUUUCAAUCUUCAUUUCUUGACGAACCUAGAAAGAGGAAGACAGAAGAAUUGGAGACAGAAGCCAUCAAUCCUCAAAGGUAGUUACUUGAGGCAAUCUUUCUUCAUGCCACGAAGUGUUGGUUCUUCAAGGAAUCUUGCACUUUGUUACAGAAUUUGCAUGAUCAUACACAAAAUCUCGAUGACGAUGCAAUUCUCUCCAAAUUCUGAUUGAUCUUUGGCAACAAAGUUCGAGAGUUGUGCAUAUUUUAGUGACCAAGUUUGUGGAUAGUAAAUUUGUCCUUACAAU